UGAGAUUUUAUUUUGAAAGAUAAAAACGGAAGUAGUAUUCUAGGCGCAGAAGAGUUUCAUUUGAAAGUAGUCCAAACAGAUUCUCCCAGCUGGUCGCAGGUUUUCUGCCGGGAAACCGAACACAAGCUAUCAACACUGAAGGAGGAUUUUAGGCAUGCUUUCCCACUGGUGGAGGUCGGGAUGGGGCAGGUUCAGUGACGUGGACCUCUUCUCAGAACCCAACGAGACUCUGUCCCAGGCCAUCAGAGCUGCAGCCUCCGAGGAGCCGGACGCUGAUGGCAGCGUGCUGUUCGGUUACCUGCGGGGCUCUGUGGUGGGCCUCAGAUACUACACAGGCGUGGUCAACCGAGGGGAGAUGGUGGGUUUGGUGCGGGAGCCUCAAAAUCCAUACGACCGCAAUGCAGUGAUGGUUGCAAACGUUUACGGCAACCAGGUGGGCCACAUCAAGAAGGAGCUGGCUGCAGCCAUGGCCUACGUCAUGGACAACAACCUGGCUAAAGUGGAGGGGGUGGUACCUUUCGGAACUAACAACUCCUUCACCAUGCCGGUCAAUCUGUCCUUUUGGGGCAAAGAAGAGAACAAAACUGCCGUGAUGGAAAGCAUGGCACGGCGAGGAUUCAGACUGGACCCAGACGGAAGCAAAUUAACAGGUCAGAAGUCGUACAGCGUUUCAGGUGGUCAAGGUUCUUCAUCCAAAAAAAGAGUGACCACCCCGCUAACCGCAGAGGAGCUGAAGAAUGCUUUUGAUAACCUGUUCGAAGGUUUGAUGGAGAGUAAAGACGGCGAGAAAGAAGCCGCAGAGUCUGUGGCCACGCCCCUCCUGCCUCACCAGAAACAAGCGCUCUCCUGGAUGUGCGCGCGAGAAAACAAAUGUGCGCUGCCGCCGUUCUGGGAGAAAAGAGGCGAGCUGUACUACAACACCCUGACGUGUUUCUCCUCCAAAGAGGUCCCAGAGAGGGUCCGCGGGGGCAUCCUGGCAGAUGACAUGGGGCUGGGUAAAACUCUGACGACAAUCGCCUUGAUUCUCACCAACUUUCACAAAGGGAAGCCUCUGCCUGUGGAGAAAUGCAAAGAACAGCCCUCACCUUUCAAGGCUAAAACCAAACCAUCAGAAGAUGAAGCUGCCGGAACAAGCGGAGGAGGAGGAGGAGAUCCCUGCUCAGACACAGGAAACAUGGAGGAAACCGAAAAAAAUUUAAAGAAAGGAAAGUUGAAAGCUGCAAAGCGGAAACCCAGUAAAGGUUACACAGACGCUCCGGUGUUGCUGGAGGACCUGGACUUUGCAGCAGCUCUGAGUGGUUCUUCAGCUUCAGGCCCAAAGAAGAAGAAAAAGUCACAGAAGUCCAGCCUCAAAGAUGGCGUAGAGUCUUCCUACUCAUCAGACCCGGACGACACGUCGGCAAGAGCUACUCUCAUCGUCUGUCCUCUUUCUGUGCUCAGCAACUGGCUGGACCAGUUUGAGCAGCACAUUGACCCUGACGUGAAGCUCAACGUCUACCUGUACUACGGAUCCGAUCGCAACAGGAACAAGAAGUUCUUGUCUUCUCAGGACGUGGUGAUCACCACCUACAACGUCCUGUCUACCGACUUCGGAAAUAAAAGCCCCCUACAUGGAGUCGACUGGCUGAGGGUAGUGCUGGAUGAAGGACACUUUAUAAGAAACCCCAAUGCACAGAUGAGUAAGGCCGUGCUCGAGCUGAAGGCUCAGAGACGGUGGAUUCUGUCGGGUACUCCCAUCCAGAACAGCGUGAAAGACAUGUGGAUGCUGCUGGCCUUUCUGCGUCUGAAACCCUUCGACGUCAGAGAGUGGUGGAACCGAGUGAUCCAGAGACCCGCCCUGCAAGGAGAACGGGCCGGCCUGCAAAACCUGCAGAAUUUGGUGAAGUGCAUCACCCUACGGCGGACCAAGAGCAGCGAGGUGAACGGCCAGCGUUUGGUGUCUCUGCCCGACAAGAAGGUUUACGUGGAGCAAGUGGAGCUCAGCCAGCAGGAGAGGGAGGAGUACGAGCUAGCACGCAAUGAGGGGCGGAGCACCAUCGGCAGAUAUGUAUCUGAAGGGAGCGUCUUGAGGAAUUACGCUGAUGUUCUCGUCAUUCUGAUGAGGCUCCGACAGCAUUGCUGCCACCCUGAUCUGCUGGCAAAGACGGCCUCGGAUUUGGGUGCAGGUGCUGCAGCGACGCCCGCAGAGCUGCGGGAGCGUCUCAUAGAGAAGCUGCGCUUGGUGUUGGCCAGCGGUUCUGACGAGGAGUGCUCCGUGUGUUUGGACUCCAUCCGUCUGCCCGUCAUCACUCACUGCGCCCACGUUUACUGCCGACCCUGCAUCGCUCAAGUCAUCAGCAGCGAGCAGGAAAAGCCGAGGUGUCCUCUGUGUCGAAGUGAGAUCAAGAGCAGCGAGUUGGUGGAGUUUCCUCCAGAGGACAUGGAAGAGGAGAGUACGAACUCUGGGAGCUGGAGGACGAGCUCAAAGGUAGAGGCUCUGCUGGGAAACUUACUGAGGCUGCGGGAGGACGACAGCAGCAUCAAGUGUUUGGUCGUGUCUCAGUUCACACGGUUCCUCACCAUCCUGGAGGCUCCACUCAGGGAACACGGGUUCUGUUUUGUGCGUUUGGAUGGAUCCAUGAGCCAAAAGAAAAGGACCCAAGUCAUCAAGGAGUUUCAGAGUUCUGAUGCUCACAGCCCCACCAUCAUGCUGCUGUCACUCAAAGCUGGAGGGGUGGGGCUUAACCUGACUGCCGCCUCCCACGUGUUCCUCAUGGAUCCUGCCUGGAAUCCAGCCACAGAGGAGCAGUGCAUCGACCGCUGCCACCGUCUGGGCCAGAAGAAGAACGUCGUCGUCACCAAGUUCAUUGUGAAGGAUUCAGUGGAGGAGAACAUGGUGAAGAUCCAGAAGAAGAAGCAGGAUCUGGUGGAGAAGGCGUUCGGCUCUGCUGACAAGAAAAACUCUCGCAUCGAUGAGAUCCGAGCUCUGAUGGAGCUGUAGGCGGGACCCUGUGAUGAUCUCCAUGCUUGAUUUUGCAAUUUAAGGAAACUGUACUAAAACCUUUUUGGGUUUUUAAUUUUUGUCAGCUCCUGUUUCUAACUGUCAAACUCUUCACUGAACAAACGAUUCUGUUUCAGAAACUUCCAGUUGAUGCCAGGCUGUAAUUUUACACUAAAAAUAAUUUCCCUAUUUUGAAAAUAAAAUGUCAGCAGUGCUAAUGUUUCUUCAUCUAAACAGGGUUUUAAAAAUCAUUUCUCAUCAUCUGUUCAUUUGAUAUUUGAGAACUUCCAUACAUUUUCUCCUAAAAUAAAGAUUUUUUGCA